AUGUACUACAAAGCACAGUUCUUCAACGUAAUCCCUCUUGAAGCCGUGUCCACCACAAAUCAAGAUGCCAACGACGAAUCCGUGAAAGGCCAUAGGCGUCGCCUCUCGUACCCAGAAAAACAAGCCAUUUCGCAUACCGACGAGACAAACUUCAAUGCUGUUCAGCGGCUCCUGACCUUCGUAUACGUUCAAGCAACGAAGACUGCUCAAGAACAUGGCAAGAUCCUAAUGGACAUUGUCGUACUCUUGAAAGGCUUCAACGAGGAUCUUUUCAAUGAUACCAGCUUUGUGGAAGGAGUUGGCAAACCCGAGAUUGUGUUUCGAGUCAGCGGAGCACCCAAAACCAACGGUCAUAGCCGGCACAAAUGGUUCCGCGGAAACAGGGGCUCCCUCUACAGCCUCCGACUCCCUGACCACAAUCAACGUCUGCCCUUCUUCUCCACACCCGACGCACGAACAAAUCUCGGCUCCCUCGGAGGCACGUUUGACCAUUUGCAUGCCGGACACAAGAUUCUACUCUCGAUGGGCGCCUGGAUCGCAAGUCGGAAGGUCAUUGUCGGCGUAACAUCCGACACUCUUCUCAAAAACAAACCGCACGCCCAUCUCAUCCAACCACUCUCCCUCCGCAUUUCCCAUGUUAAGCAGUUCCUCCAGCUAUUCAAGAAGGGGUUGGAGUACGAUGUCGUCGAGAUUAGCGACGUGUAUGGUCCUACUGGUUGGGACCCUGACGUGCAGGCAUUGGUCAUCAGCCGAGAGACGAAGAAGGGUGGCGAAAUGGUUGCGACGCAUCGUGCAUCUCAAAACCUUCCUCCACUUGAGACAUUCGUCAUUGACGUGAUAAGUGCUACUGAGGAGAGUUUGGAUCAUGAUGAUGCUGUGUGGCUUGGGAAGAACAAGUUGAGCAGCACGUUCAUCAGAGGAUGGGUUGAUGAGAGGAAGAAGAAGGAGAAGGAAGGGCUUUGA